GCCAAUUAGCUAUGGCCUAAUUUGCUGACAAUGAUCAUCACAUAAUGGCUUCUGUUUACACUGCCCACCAACAAUAAUUAAAGCACACAAAGCUACUAGUAAUCUAUUCAAGCUACUGUAAGAAGCUGCAAGGAUGACUUCCACAGCUGUUUGGGUGAUGUUAGUGUGUAUACUACAAACAUCUCAAGUCCUAUGCCAGGGAAAUGCAUGCCGAGAGCCUCUCAUUACUGGUGGGAGGUACAGAGUGGAGGAUGAACAGUUUACGGCUAGUUCAAGCUUUUCUGAAAACUACCUUCCCCACGAAGCUAGGCUGGGGGGAAACUCGUGGUGUGCAGAAGAAGAUAGUGAUACAGGAAGCUGGAUUCAAGUGGAUUUUGGAGCAGAUGUCAUAAUUCAAGAGUUACUGAUAGGAGGAGAUGGAGGAACCAACCAGUUCUACGUCACUCAGUUCACAAUAGAGCAUGGUCCUAACAGUGACCAGUUGAGCAGCAUUCUCCAAGCUAAUUCCACUGACCCGAUGAUCUUCACUAGACCAGACUCUCCCAGUGUCAGCACGACAAUCCUGCCCACUCCCCUCACCACUCGAGUAUUGAGGAUUGUCAGUGUGGCCCAUUUUGGAAAUGAUCCUUGUCUGUACCUGGAGGCAAUCGGCUGUGUCCUAGCUUCAGGUUGUGCUAUGGACGAGCUAUUGUCGACUAAUCGCUCUUUGUUACCUCUCUCCUCCAUCACGGCAAGCUCUGCAAUGUCUGAUAAUUCAGCAGAACAUGUGGUGGACAUGUCCCAAACAGGAUGGUGCACUGCCGAGCAAUUUAGUAGCACACUACCAACACCGUACAUUGUAUUCAACUUCACAGAGAGUGUGGCCAUCACCUAUAUGAGGGCUAGAGGCUCAUUCCUUGGUUUUGCAUAUGUAACAGAGUUCACACUUGACUACAGAGAUGACUACACUGACAGUUACACACCUUAUACACUAAUCAAUGGGGAGGAAGCAGGGUUUUCUACUGACAGUGCUGGUUUACAAACCUACACAUUCUGGAGGCAGCCAUUACAGGGAAGGACUUUCAGAUUCAAGAUACAAGAUGGCGAGAGGAAUAUAUUUAACAUUAAUGGUGGAGACUUCUGUUGGAAUGUGGAGCUCUUUGGCUGUACUGUAUCCAAACAAGCUGCUGUCACAGAUGGUCCACCCACCACUGACCUAACAACAUCAGAUACCACACAAACUACAACAACAAACUUCCCACAACAAACGGAUAAUGCUAUGACAACCACAAUGCUAGCCAGUGCUGGGAACACAGAAUCGUCCACAGGAGCUAUUGUGGGAGGGGCAGUGGGUGGAGUUAUCGUAGUACUACUGCUUUUGCUAUUGAUUGUGGUACUACUAGUCUGCAUACUGACUAAGAACAAGUCAAAGAAAACAAGGCUGACAGAAUCUGAGGUGACUUACACUACAACUGGUGGAGUGAGGAUUGUCGACAAUGAGAUUUACGGAGACGAGACUCCACCCGCUAGUCCUAUGACAAAGUACAUGGACAUAAACACAUACGAGAGCCUCAACACACCCCCUACCGAGGCUAUAGACAUUGCUAAUACGUACGAAACUAUUGGGAGUCCCAACGUUAAAGCUUCAAGCACACCAUACGAAAGUGUUGGUAGCCCCCUAUUGUACACAUACGCUAAAGUGGACACGCCUAUAAAGGUCGUGUUGCCUAGCAAUGGCAAACCCAUGACAUUCGAUGAGAGCAUCCAACAAAGUAUGGACAGUAAAGACGAUAUAGAGGCCUUUCAAGAUGACAUAGAGAAGAUAGUUAUUAACAUAGCUUAUGGGAGUUUAACUGAUGGAACCAAGAUUGAAGCGGACAUGGAGGCCUUUCAAGAUGGCACAGAGAAGACAAUUAUUAACACGGCCUAUGGGAGCAUGAUGGAGAAUACUGCUUAUGCUGGAAUAAAAAGUGAACCAGAGAAAGUUGGAAAAGAACUAAUUGACAAUCCGUUGUAUGGUCCUAUGCAAGUAUGAUAAUUAUGUAUAGUGUACGAUUAGGUAGCGUACAUCAAUCAUAUAAUACGAUCUGCUAGUAACAAUGCAUGAAUAAGCGCACAUUGUUAGUAUUAAACAAUACCUACGUACGUACGUACCAGCACUUAGCACACUGUUGGUUGAAUCUUGGGGUGACCACCAACAAACUUGGCACAAAUACGCUGGAAGGGAUUACAUAUAUAUAUGCCUCUGCGUGCUCUUAAUCUGUAUAUAAUGCAAUAAGUCACUCAUUUGGAAUACAUAUUAUACUAUUAUCUACUCAAGCUGAAGAAGCUGUAUAGAAGGAAAACCAGUAAGUUAGCUACGUAUACAAGUUAAGCUAAUGUACUUCACUCGGCUAUCCAACAAUAUGGUAAAGUUAACAUAUAAGGGUCCAUAAUAGGGACAUUGACACUAGCGUGGUGUAGGGCUAUAUAUAGCUAAUUAUAAUGUUACAGACCAUUUUACACUAUCGCCAUAAUUAUGCAUAAUAAUUAUCAUAUCAUCUCUUAAUUGUCCAGCAAAACUUGUCAGUAAUAAAAUGUUACUCCCAAUAAACGAUGCUGUAGUUACAGCGCGUAUUCAACUUAACAGGUACGACGAUGGCCACAAUCCCCCCCACAUGCGUGCACUUAGCACACUAAUAGCUAUGGCCUAAUUUGCACAGGCAAUGAUCACGUAAUGGCUUCUGUUUACACUUAUAAUCACAUGCAAGGGGUUUUCUACUGACAGUGCUGGUCUACAAACCUACACAUUCAGGAGGCAGCCAUUACAGGGAAGGACCUUCAGAUUCAAGAUACAAGAUGGAGUGAGGCAUUUAUUGAACCCAGACUUCUGUUGGAAUGUGGAGCUCUUUGGCUGUACUGUACCCGAACAAGCUGCUGUCACAGAUGGUCUACCCACCACUGAUGACCCAACGACAUCAGAUACCACACAAACUAUAUCAACAAAUUCUCCCCAACAAACAGAUGAUGCUAUAAAAACAACAACUAUUGUUACAAAUAAUGCUAUGACAACCACAAUGCUAGCCAGUGCUGGGAACACAGGAGCGCCCACCACAGGAGCUAUUGUGGGAAGGGCAGCAGGUGGAGUUAUUGUAGUACUACUGCUUUGCUACUAAUUGUGGUACUACUAGUCUUCAUACUGGCUAAGAACAGGUCAAAGAAAACAAGGCUGACAGAAUCUGAGGUGACUUACACUACUACUGGUGGAGUGAGGAUUGUCGACAAUGAGAUUUACGGAGAGUAAGUCAACACUUUAAGUAAUAACUAUCACAGUUUACCCUCCACCCGCUAGUCUUACGACAAAGUACAUAGACAUAAACACAUACGAGAGCCUCAACACGCCCCCUACCGAGGCUAUAGACAUUGCCAAUAGCCAGAGAAAGUUGAAAAAGAAUUAAUUGACAAUCCAUUGUACGGCACUAUGCAAGUAUGAUUACGUAUGUACUAUUAUGUGUGUACGAUAUGAUAAUUAUGUAUAGUGUACAUCAAUUAUGUAAUUAUGCAAUUUUAAUAUGA